AUGUCUGCGCCCUCAUUUUCAUCAUUCCCUCCUUCUUUCGGGUCAUUUCCAGAAGACCCAAGCAACGAACCGGGUCCUAGUCGGCCGCGCGACGACAGCAAACACCGCAAACACAGUCAUAGGGAGAAAGACUCCAAGAAAGAAACAACGCGGGAGAAGGUAAAGAAAUACAGGCGCGAGCACCGUGAUAGAAAGUCCACAGAGGCGGAUGAGGUCUCGGAGACGCGCUUUUUCUACUCGGACAGGCGUGGAGACCCGUUGAAUUUGCAGUACGGAAGUCUGCACAAGGGCGAUGUUCCCAGAUACAAGUGCAUCAACCGUGGCAGAAAUGUACUGGGUCUACCUCCAAAUUUGACUGUGUUGUACAGGGGGCCUCAAGGUAUUGAGAUUGGAAUGCACAGACGGAAUGGUCCGAGCCUAACGGAUUCAAAGGCUCGUAACCUUGUGACUUCUGCGCCUACUCGACGAAUACUGGGGCAUAGUGACCGUUUCCAAUUAGACGAGACCGGCUUUCUGCGCAUCUCUUCCAUUCGAGAACGUAGCCAACAAUCAUACCGCUCGAUCACUGGUGGUUCCCAUUCCGAGUCGUCUUCAGGCUCUGAGGGAUCAGCUGCUGAAGACUCGGACAUUUCAGAGGAGGAUGCCGAUACGGUGGGCCCGACAACUGUGAUCAAGACACUUGAACAGCAACUCAGCGAUGAUCCUUCAUCUGUCGCUACUUGGUUACAACUUCUGUGGCGGACAUUGUCAAAUGUUCCUAUUGCGUCUAAAAACUCUGCAAGAGUGCGCGCAGAAAUUACCAUAUCGAUACUUUCUCGUGCAUUGUCGUCGGAUGUUCGUAACACCGCGUCAAAACCUCUUCGGCUCAAGUAUCUUAGAGCGGGUGAAGAGAUUUGGACUAAAGCCAAGGUGCAAGAGGAAUGGGAGGACGCGUUCAAGCUUGGUGGAAUCGAAAUAUGGAUGGAAUGGCUAGAGUGGAAAAUCAGAAAUGAAACUAAUGGCAUCGACCACAUCGUUGACGUAGCUAAACGUGUCCUUGAUGCUCUGGGGGACGAUGAGGUGAGCAAAGUUCGGGUGUUUUGGCGCUCAGCGACGGCCCUCCGUGCGGCAGGCUUUGUCGAACGCGCCACAGCCCUGUUUCAAGCCCAAGCUGAAUUGACGUUCGAACUUCCCCAAGCUCUAUAUGGAUUACCAAUGAGUAGUAUUUUGGAUGCUCUGGAAGAGUUCUGGGAAUCAGAAGUUUCCCGGUUCGGUGAGCCUGGUUCUAAAGGAUGGGCUCAUUGGGUAUCUUCAGGUAAAAAAGGAGAGGCACCGGCGCUAGCGUCAACACCACCCCCCUCAGAUGACUCUGACCCAUAUCGUCGGUGGGCUCGAAUUGAAUUCAAGUCAGACCGGGCGACGUAUAUUCCUAGUCGGGCCACCGAAGAAGACGACUGGGAUCCAUAUUCCACCAUCAUGUUCUCGGAUAUCCGACCACUCCUUUUGCAAUUACAAACCACUCACGGAAAGGACGUAUUUCGGUUGACUUGGCUGUCUUUUCUCGGCCUUCAUGUUCCCGGUUUCUCGGACUCGCCUCAUGAAGCCAAUUGGGAUGAUCGGUGGAAUUGCAUGCACCUGACGAAUCCUGGAUAUCUGAAUGCCGUUUUUCCCGACGAAACGCGCAAUACUGUGUCCGCGGAUUCGUAUUCCGGUGUUUUAGUUGGCCGCGAGAUACAAUAUGCUCGUGGUUCGAUACCUGUCAAAUGCUGGGGUUACGGCGUAUUAGGUCCACUAGACGAUGCUCUCUCCGGUGAUGGACUUUGCUCAAAAAUAGACCUGGAUGGGCUCGACCAGGAGUUCACCAGGAGGGUUCUUAAUCAGCUUAGGCUAGGGCCUGAGGAUCAUGAGUGGGAUCUCAUAACUUUGGCCUUUGAAGCUGCCUCGAGCGUGAAGAGUGCACUUAAGAUUUCCCGAAUAUUUCUAUCUACGGCUCGCGAUUCUCUGCCGCACUGGGCAGGGCAUGCUUGUUUAGAACGCAAGAGAGGCCGGUUCGACGAGGCUUCGAAAAACCAACCCUGGUCGGGUAGGCUGUGGUGGGACUGGACAGAGAUGGAAUGGCUUGACCAGAAAUCUGACGCGGCCAUGUCUGUCAUAUUCAAAGCUGCGAGUGUUGCAGGACAAGGGGGAGUCGCUAUCCUUCGAGCCAAAAGAAACCUGGACGAUAUCUCCAAUCACAAGCAUUCGGCCUGGAAAGACAAAGAAGCUUGGGUAAAGUUACGAGCUCUACUUGAGCUGCUAACAUCGGACGACCUCACCCAAAGUCUGCUUGUGUUUGACCAGUCCAUGCACGAAGCUGUUGGUGUCGCGCACGAAAGCAUGACCGUUGCUUCUCUUUUAUUCAUUUUCCGGCAUGGAUGCGUCUUGAAACGCCCGAUGACCCCUUCUAUACUGAGAGAUCGAGCCGGUCCAGCGCUGCGAAAGUAUCCUAGCAAUUCCAUAAUAUUUAGGCUUGGACAAGGCAUUUGGGGACGCGUCAGAGAUAUGUUGGGCGAAAACCCUGGAGAGGAGAAGGAUGUAUGCCGACGAAUCGAAGAAGUGUGGGUGGCGAAGUGGCAGAGUGGAAGAUGGGAAGGUGAAAUUGAGCGUACUCGGAGUGGGUUGGCGGCAGCAGUGGAAAGUGAAGCAAGCCUGAUAUUGUGGCGCAUCUAUAUUGAGUUUGAGAUUCGAGCCGGACAGUUGCAAAAAGCAAAGAAAUUGCUCUUUCGUGCUAUUGGAGAAUGCCCGUUGGCCAAAGACCUAUACCUUUUGGCUUUUGACCAUUUGCGAAGUGUUUUCAGUGCUCACGAACUUCAUACCUUUGUCAACACGAUGGGGGAGAGAGGCAUCAGGAUGAGGCAGGAACUCGAUGUGCAGAUACAAUCAGUUGAAGCAGGUGGAAGUAGUGAUGACGCGGAAGAUAGCGGAAAAGAGUCCGAGAUCGAGAGAAAUGCACGAGAGUUGCGAAGAUUGAAGCCAUACUGA